AUGUCAUACGACGGUCCCGUCAACGCCUUCCCUGGCGACCACGAGCUCCCCAUCUCGCUCUACGGCUAUACGCCCAAUCGCGGCUUCAACAUCUUUGCGGCGGUGGUCUGGGGGCUGGUGCUCGUUGCGCAUGUGUGGUGGUUGGUCAAGAAGAGGACGAGGGGGAUUCAAGCCAUGAUUGUGAUUGGAUCGAUCUGGGAACUUAUCGGCUAUGCCAUCCGCGCGCACACCUACCUUCGUCCUUUCCGCUCCGACCUCUUCAUCGCCCAGUACACCAUCCUCCACACUGCGCCCAUCUUCUUCAUCAUGGCGCUGGUCAAUGCCAUCGGGUGGGGGAUGCGGGGGACGGACAAUUCCAGUGUGUAUAAGCGGUUCAGGCCGAGGACGCUGACGAGCGUCCUCCAAGCGCUCAACGCUAUCGUCCUUAUCCUCGUCACUAUCGGCUCGACCAUGUACGCCGUCGCUCUCGCCCGGCUCGCCAAUCUGGAGGACGUUAGGUUUAAGGGGUCAGCGACCAGGAAGGUUUUGAUUGCGGGUCAUGCGCUCAAGAUCGUCUCCCUCCUCGCCAUCCUCGCUAUCCUCACCCACCUCUUCCUACACUUUAAGCGCGACCCGGUCCGUCACACCCGCCACACCGACGGUCCUAUCGGGACUACCACCACCGGUACCACCGGCCACACCGCCGUUGACGGUACCACCACCACCCACACCGGCCCUCACACCACCACCACCGGCACCCACACCACCGCCAUCGACCAGACUGCUACCGGACCGCAUACCGGCCGAGCAAUCACCAAGCUCUUCCUCGCCAUCUCGUUCUUGACCGCCGGGAUGUUAUUGACGAGGACAUGCUACCGUCUCGCCGAGACUGUUCAAGACGUCUACAGUAGGCCCUGGAACUCGGAAGCGCUCUUCGGGGUGUUUGAAUUCGCCAUCACCUGGUCCGUCGUCGCUAUCUGGGCUGCUCGGCCUUUUGCCACCCAGCUUGCGCCCGCAGGGAUCGUCAAUGCCCAUGACGGGGUUGGGCACACCAACAAGGCGCACGUUUAG